GUAUAUUGUGCAUGUCAACAUUCUUCAUGGGUCUGGGACAUAAGGUGACCACGGUACACUUCAUAUCAAAGGCUGUAAGCGAUGGAAUUAAUAAACUAGAUGCAGCAAUCUUAAUGACCAUUAUGGGAACUACAUCACUUAUUGGACGUAUUAUACAUGGUUGGUUUGUCGAUUUAGGACACUACACCCCAAUGUUUGUCAGCGGGUGUACCUUCAUACUGGCUGGGGCAUCACUCCUUCUUGUGUCAGUUACUCGUGGCAACUACAUUAUUUUUGGUGCGAUAUCAGCAUGGUAUGGAUUCACAAUGGGUAUAUGUAUUCCACUGGGUGCAGUCUCUGUGAAAUAUUGCUUAGGCGUUAGUCAUCUGUCGAUUGCAUUUGGUUGGACGCUACUUCACAGUGGGAUUGGGAAUACUCUUGGACCUCCUUUAGCAGGAUGGAUAUACGACAUCACUGAGAACUAUAAUCUGUCUUUUGUAUUGGCUGGAAGUUCACUGAUUCUCUCCGGAUCUCUACUGUUUACUCAACUCGCAUACAAAAGAUGGCAAAAUAAGCGAAUGGAUUCACAUACUCAUAUUCCCUGCGACACAGACACACAAUAUAAAGAUGAAGAAACUGAUGAAAACUUUCCAGAAGAAACUUAUCCGUAAUUGGUAUUUUGAGGAGGAGUGGAUGUAGACAAUAUGUGCUGAAUUAUCAUAAAGAGGUUCAGAUAUCUAUGCCUACUAGUAG